AAUGUAGCUAUUUCUCUGCAGAUCGAGAAAAUGAAGACAAGGGAUCCACUGCAAAAGGAAAUGGCGGAGGAAAGGAAGGAGGAGAAGAUUCGUCAAGCUGAGCUGAUGAAGCAGCAGGCCUACAAGGAGAAUGCCAUACUAAAAGGAGAAGCACAGCACUUAGGAGUCGGCCACCAAACCGGAACCGGCUUGGAUGGGCAUCACAAUGGUGUCGUACCUCAAACUGGCUUGGGUGACCAUCACACAGGAGUUCGACACCAUAUCGGUUUAGUUGAGCCGACUAGUGGGGCCGGGGGAUUGCACAGGACUGAUGGGCCACUUGCCGGCACUGAAACAAACCGGACUGCGGACGAGACUGGCGGUGGCUUGUACUGAGGCAGAUGCUUUAUUCUCUGGCCUCAAGAAUUAUACUAUGGUUUAUGUAGUUUGGUCAAUAAGAAGGGUGAAGAAGCUUGGUGUUUUAGCUUGUAAGCUUUCAUGGCCCAAUCUGUACUUGUUUGGUGUGAUUGUGUGCAUUUUAUUUCUUAUUUGUACUGUAAUCCGAGGUGAUUAUUUCCUUUGUGUAAUAAAGCACAUAUUCUAACUAAUCAUAUUUUGUGGGGAAAAA